AUGGAACCGUCGCCCUAUCAUCACCCUCCUCCUCAUCCUCCUCAUCCUCCUGGCGGUCAUCAUCCGCCUCAUCCUUCUUCCUCUUCCUCCACCACUUCUAACUCCCAUCAUAACAGCCCUUACCCACCAUCACAGCAUCAUAAUCAUCAUCACCAGAAUCAACAUCAUCAUCAACCUCAUCAGAAUCAACAUCAACACCAUCAACACCAACAGCACCAGCAACAGCAUCAACAACAGCUGGCUCCUGGCUAUCCGCCACCUUCGAAUCCAUCGUAUAGCGCUGCCAGUGGCGGUGGUGGCAGUAGUGUUAGUAGUAAUAGUGCUGGUAGUGGUGGUGGUGGUAGUGCCAGUGGUAGCGGUAACGGUGGGUUAUCCAACAACAACAUCAACUACCAUCCACACUCCCACUCCCACGCCCACUCUCACUCUCAUUCUCGCUCGCUCUCUUCUCACCACCAAGGCGGCCAUUCUCCUCCUCCGCCAGCACACGCUCCUCCUCCUCCCUCUUAUCCUUCUUCCAAUAGCCAAUACUACGACUCCCGACAACCUCAAUCUUCCCAUCAUCAUCAACCUCACCAUCAACAUCACCAACCACAACAGCCUCCUCCAGCAACUUCGACAUCAACUUCAUCCUCGUCGUCUCGCUACAACCAAUUACAGAGUCCCAUUCAGUCUCACCAACCAUCGCGACCUUACUAUUCGCCUCCACCUCCCUCUCCGGGACCCUACAAUCCUGCUCCUACACGUAACAAUAACUACUACGAUCCCGUUGGUGGAAGGGAGACACCACGAGAUUGGAACCAAACUUCUUCCCGCUACCCUUCCCUUACGUCACCAACUCAACAGUCCCGACAGCCUAUGCAUACCGAGGGACCACAAGAUAGACCACGGACGCCGCCUCAGGCUCCCAGAUCACCAACAGAGUACAGAACCCCCCAUGGCGAUGUAAAACGGCAGAUGUCUCCGACGUCCGUUAAUGGUGGCCCUAGAAGGGUUUCUGUUCAUUCCAUGGAUGCGAACUAUCCGCCGCGUGGUCCCGAGUUUCAGAGUCCACCUUACCGCCCUCCCGUGAUGGCCUCAUCGCCUCCUAUUGCCUCCUCUACACCAGGUUCGGCUAAGAAGUCCGCCAUGUCCAUAUCAGCUCUGCUCUCUGGAUCCGAAGAACGUCCACCAACCGCUCAACCGCGACAUUCACCACCGCCACCACUACCACCACCACCACCUUCAGUUCCAGUCGCUCUGCCCCCUGAUCCUGUCGCGUCUGAACCUUCUCCGCCUCUCUCGAAGCCCGUUGUCCCGACACCUGCACCAGUAGAACCCCGGGAUCCAACUCCACCACCCGCCCCAACUCCUAAGGAACCUGCUCCUACCCCCGUUGCACAACCACAAUCACAGCCAAUUGCUGCCGCAGCAACGGUUGCUACUCCAGCAACACCAUCGGAGCCGACACCACGCCCGAAGCGCAAAUACGUUCGAAAGCAACCAGUCGAAGGCGUCCAAGUCAACAUGAACUCUCCAACCAGCACCCGUCAAACCCGACAUCACUCUCCCGACAGGUCUAAGAUGGAUAUCGAUGAAGACACACCGGUCAAACCUCUCAGGACCGACAAGAAUUCCAACAAGAACCCGCACCCAAUCGUUGACUUUGAUGCUGUCGAUGCUGAGGAUGACAUCUCCAAGGAUACUGACCUUUACGCUCAAAAGAGAGAAUUCUAUCUGGCCAAAAUACGCAAGAGAAAGCUCCAAGCCAACCGAACGGAUGACCGACAGUGCAAACACCGAAGACUGAACUUUAGCAAACGAGUAGAGGAAGUUGUUUCUGCGGCCGCCGUUACAGGACGAAUCCGUGGCGAACAGCACUUCCAUGAUGCAGCCUACCAGGAGAUUCUCCGACGGGAAGAUUUCGAGGAGAAAGAGCGUAAGAAGGAGAUGCAACGGAUCCGACGACGAGCGAAGGCAGCUUCGGAACACCGUGCUAAAGCUGAGCAGGCGGCCAAGGACGCAGCUGAGAAUGCAGAACGACAGCGAGUACUUAUGGAAGAGGCCAAGAAGGCUGGCAAGCUGUUGCCUAUUGAGAGGACGCUCACAUUUAGAGGGUAUGACGAUGUCGACUCUGAGGCACAGGUUGAAGAAGAAGUCAAGAAGGUCAAGAAGAAGCCCGGGAAGCCCAAAAGACGCACUGAUGAUCCAAAAGAACUUAACCUGCUCAAGGCCGAUGUGGAAGCCCGACCACCACCACCUCCAGAGCCCGUUCGCGAACCCACGCCGGAGCCGAUCCUCCCGAAUUCCUCGAAGGCAUACAAUACUAUGUACGAACAAAUUUGGCGAGACCUUGCGCGCCGUGAUAUCCCGAAACUCUCGAAGCACCAACAAUAUACAUUUUCCAUCAAACAGUCAAACCACAAGAAGACGUCACUUUUGGCGUCGAAGGAAGCUCGAAGAUGGCAGCUACGAACGACGAAGAACACGAAAGAUGUCCAGGCGCGGGCCAAGAAGAGCAUGCGUGAGAUGACGGCUUUCUGGAAGCGAAAUGAGAGAGAAGAGAGAGACAUGAGGCGUCGUGCUGAGAGGGAGGCCCUGGACCGAGCGAAGAAGGAAGAAGAAGAGAGGGAAUCCCGCAGACAAGCCAGGAAACUCAAUUUCUUGAUUUCGCAAACCGAAUUAUACUCUCACUUUAUCGGGAAGAAGAUCAAGACAGACGAAGUCGAGAGGUCCACAGACAAGGUUACUGGUGCUCCACCCGCACAACCUUCAACAGCGGCCCCUGUAGCACAUGUCGAUGAUGGCGAGCUCGGCGAGGAAGUUACGAGGAUAGAAGAUCUUGAUUUCGACGAGGCGGAUGAUGCCGACCUGAAAGCAGCAGCUACGACGAACGCCCAUCUUGCUGUGGAGGCGGCACGUAAGAGGGCACAAGAAUUUAAUGGUGAAAGCGAUGCAACUGCUCUGAACAACGUGAAUCUCGACUCUGACGAGAUGAACUUCCAGAACCCAACCAGUUUGGGGGAUAUCUACAUCGAUCAGCCCAAAUCACUCACCUGCCAACUCAAGGAAUAUCAGCUUAAAGGCUUGAACUGGCUGGUGAACCUCUACGAACAAGGUAUCAAUGGUAUUCUCGCCGAUGAGAUGGGUCUCGGAAAAACAGUACAAUCGAUAUCUGUCAUGGCAUAUCUUGCAGAAUAUCACAACAUCUGGGGACCAUUUUUAGUCAUCGCUCCGGCCUCCACUCUGCAUAACUGGCAGCAAGAAAUUGCCAAAUUCGUACCAGACCUUAAGGUUUUGCCGUACUGGGGUAGCACCAAAGAUCGGAAGAUCCUUCGAAAGUUUUGGGACCGGAAGCAUCUGACGUACAACAGGGAGGCGCCAUUUCACGUUUUGGUUACGUCGUACCAGAUAGUAGUCCUUGACUCUCAAUACUUCCAACGCAUCAAAUGGCAAUAUAUGAUUUUGGACGAGGCCCAGGCCAUCAAAAGUUCAAACUCGGCGAGAUGGAAGUCGCUUUUGGGGUUUAGCUGCCGAAACCGAUUGCUACUUACUGGUACACCAAUUCAGAACAACAUGCAAGAAUUGUGGGCUCUAUUGCAUUUCAUUAUGCCGACGCUUUUCGAUUCCCACGACGAAUUUAGCGAAUGGUUCUCAAAGGAUAUUGAAAGCCACGCGCAGAGCAACACGCAACUCAACGAAGCGCAGCUGAGGAGAUUGCACAUGAUUCUAAAACCUUUCAUGUUGAGACGUAUCAAGAAGCACGUGCAAAGCGAACUGGGCGACAAGAUUGAGGAGGAUGUUUACUGCGAACUCACUUACCGUCAGCGAUCUAUUUACCGUGCUCUCAGAAACAAAAUCAACAUGGCCGAUAUAAUAGACAAGGCUGUGAUGGGAGACGAAGGAUCUCAGAGCCUUAUGAACUUGGUGAUGCAGUUCAGGAAAGUGUGUAAUCAUCCGGAUCUGUUUGAAAGGGCGGAUGUAGCAAGCCCCAUGGCCUUCUCGAGAUGGCCGGAGACGGUUUCAUUCUUGAGAGAGGGACACAAUGUGGAGGUACCAUAUGGCGUACGAAACUUGAUUGACUACGAACUACCAAGGUUAGUGGCGAGGGAUGGAAGGCUGGAUAUCCCGGGUGAGAAGUCUAAGUUCGGUUUUCGGAAGAAGUGGAUGGAUUCGAGCGAGAGUCUGUUUAAUAUAUGGAAUCCGCGGUACCUAGUGAGGAAUUACGCGCAGGAGAAGUCAACCUUUGGGUUUUUGAGAUUCAUUGACACUUCACCGGCGGAGGCCUCGCGGGCUUUCCACUCACCGAUAAUCGACCGAGCCGUGCAGGUCUUUGCCGAGAACCGCCUGGAUUACGAACCAUUCCUGGAGUCUGAGGAGAAAUGGGUUCCGAUCCGAAUGAUGUUAUUGAUCAACACAGCAAAACAAAAGCUGGAUCAACCUGAGCCGCAGGAUUCGUUUACUCUUCGAUCCUUGAAGAAUAUCUCGCGGAACGCAUUCGAGAACGAGCAACUCAAUCGGUUAGAACCAAUGCUCAUUCCGAAGGCGACAGCCCCACCAAUCACGAUCAGUUGCUCCUCCCUAGCUGUUUCGGCUGAGAGCGACGACUUUUUGUUCAACCCGCGGGUCAGGAGGCUCCUAUUUCCACCGUUAACUAUCGAGGAGGAUCGUUUGGUUGAGGAUAAGGUUGAGAUUUCCGACUUCCCCACUCGUAAACUGUUGCCAGAACCGGAUUCUGCGAUCGGAGGCUUUACGUCUAUUCAAGUUCCUUCGAUGCGUAGAUUUGUGGCAGAAUCCGGCAAGCUCGCGAGAUUGGAUUCGCUACUCAAGCAACUCAAGGCCGGUGGGCAUCGUGUGUUGCUUUACUUCCAGAUGACCAGGAUGAUUGACUUAAUGGAGGAGUAUCUCUCUUAUCGACAGUACAAGUAUUUGCGAUUGGAUGGUUCCUCGAAACUGGAAGAUCGAAGAGACAUGGUGGCAGACUGGCAAACAAAGCCGGAGCUGUUUAUCUUCUUGUUAUCGACUCGUGCCGGUGGUUUGGGCAUCAACUUGACGGCUGCAGAUACAGUCAUUUUCUACGACUCUGAUUGGAAUCCUACGAUUGACAGUCAAGCCAUGGAUCGUGCGCAUCGUCUUGGUCAGACGAAGCAAGUUCACGUUUAUAGGCUUAUUACACGUGGCACUGUCGAAGAAAGGAUUUUGUUGAGGGCUAAACAGAAGGCCGAGGUGCAGAAAGUUGUCGUCGGUGGUGGCGAAGGGGAAUACAAGAAUGUCGACUUCAAUAAAGGAAGUAGGGAAAUGGCGAUGUUGCUGCUGGAUGAUGAAGACGGCGAUGGAAAAACUCUGGAGCAACAGAUGGACGCCCGGGCGAAGCAAAGAGAGGCGGAAGACGCGGCGAAGGGUAAAGGAAGAAAGGGGGCGAAGAGAAAGAAGGCGGGGCUGGAGAGCUUGGAAGAGAUGUAUCACGAAGGCGAAGGGCACUUUGAUGAUAACAGUAACAAGCCCUCAGAAGCUAGCACGCCCGCCCCCGCUGUUUCUGCUGCCGCGACCAGUGCAAGAGGUGGUAAGAGAGGAGGACGUGGCGGGAAAUCCGGUGGGCCGUCGAGAUCCCAUAGGAGGAAGUCAGCAAAGGAGAGGAUGGAAAUGGCGGACGGGGUGAGUGGGAGUGCGCUUGACGAGGAUGUCGAGAUGGGGAUGUAA